AUGAAUGCGGCAUUUACAUGUAAUGCUUGUUUGAUUCAAUUCAGAUCUAGUGACCAACAGCGGUACCAUAUGAAGACAGAGUGGCACAGGUACAACUUAAAGCGUAAAAUAGCCCAGUUAGCGCCGAUUUCUGCCGAUCUGUUUGCGGAAAAAGUGCAAAUUUCCGAAAAGGAGAAGGAACUCAACCAAGUGGAUGAGUUUGGUUUUCCACUCUUGAAAUCAAGAGAACGUCGUUCGUCAAAUGCAAAUCCUAAGGCAAAGCCCAAAAAAAAGAGAGGACGCCCACUUGAAGACCUUCAAAAGAGCGAAAGAGAUGAAUUUCGUUCAACCUCGCCGGCGAUGUCUAUAGCAUCAGACAUCUCGAAGUUCUCCCUGCAAAGCACCGAUUUCGACGAUGAAAAAUCCUACGAUCAUGGGUUCACCACCGAUUCAAACUACGACUACUAUACUAGUGAUUAUGACAGUGAGAAAUCCGAAGACGACGAUCCUUCGAAUGAUAGAGAACUCUUUAAAUCAAAUUGCAUUUUUUGUGGCGCAGAGAAUAAGGAAGUCGAGCGCAAUGUCAACCACAUGUUCAGGGCACACGGGCUUUAUAUUCCAGAAAGAUCUUACUUGACAAACCUAGAAGGAUUACUGAGAUACUUGGUUGAUUCCAUCGUGGUCGCCAAGCGGUGUUUGUGCUGCUCUUUUCAAGGUAGCAGUCUUGAAAGUAUACGUGCCCAUAUUGCGUCUAAGGGCCAUGGAAAGUUGCCCUACGAAACCAAGGAUGACCGUUUCAAGAUUUCAGAUUUUUACGACUUCAGCUCGUUAGAGCACAACGAUCUCGAAUCAUCCCAGUCUAGCGAUAGUUCCACGACACAAAAUGCUGAACCACCGCAUGCUCCAGGUGUGGAAGUUAUUGACGAGAAUGUUGUUCAAGGAAUAAAUUCCAACUUUACCCAGGCGGAAAUCGACGAUUCUGGUGUCGAGCUUUCGUUACCAACAGGUGUUAGAGCGGGCCACCGUUCGAUGAGAAGAUACUAUCGCCAGAAUCUACCACUUCCUCCUGAUGCUAGUGAUGGAAACAGAACAGUUGCAUUAGGUGAUAGAAGAUUCUUAGGCGGUGUCACCGAAAAAAUGUUAAAAAAGAAUGAUAAAAAAGCUCAACAGGUAGAACGCCAACACAUUAAUCGUAAGAUCCGGUCUGAAACAAGGCGCGGCAAUUUCCAAACUCAUUUUAGAGACGAGCUCUUGCAAUGA